CCGCCUUUCCUCCCUCUCCUCUCAACCGCAAUCCGUCAAGGCGAUACGAUGCUCCGGCAGACUCUGGCUCGUUCGGCUUGGCGGACUGGCCGGCAGGCCGCCAAUGCCUCGCGGACGUUUGCCACGACACCCCGGCGGAAUGCCGAAGUCGAGCUCACAAUUGAUGGCACGAAGGUUUCAAUUGAAGCUGGUUCUGCGCUCAUCCAAGCCUGCGAGAAGGCAGGCGUCACAGUUCCCAGAUACUGCUAUCAUGAGAAGCUCAUGAUUGCUGGCAACUGCCGAAUGUGUUUGGUCGAAGUCGAGAAGGCACCGAAGCCCGUGGCAUCAUGUGCCUGGCCCGUCCAGCCCGGCAUGGUCGUCAAGACCAAUUCACCACUCACACACAAAGCCCGCGAGGGCGUCAUGGAGUUCCUUUUGGCGAACCAUCCCCUUGACUGCCCCAUUUGCGAUCAGGGUGGCGAGUGUGAUCUCCAGGACCAGUCUAUGCGGUACGGCGCCGACAGGGGACGCUUCCACGAAAUUGGCGGCAAGCGUGCAGUGGAGGACAAGAACAUCGGCCCUCUGAUCAAGACGUCCAUGAACCGGUGUAUUCACUGCACCAGAUGUGUCCGUUUCGCCAACGACAUUGCCGGUGCUCCCGAACUAGGCUCGACCGGCCGAGGCAACGAUCUGCAGAUCGGUACUUACCUCGAGCAGAACCUCGAUUCCGAACUGUCCGGUAACGUCAUCGACCUGUGCCCCGUCGGUGCCCUGACCUCGAAGCCCUACGCCUUCCGCGCACGCCCCUGGGAACUGAAGCACUCCGAAUCGAUUGACGUUCUCGAUGCCCUGGGUUCCAACAUCCGCGUCGACUCCAGGGGCUUGGAGGUUAUGCGAAUCCUGCCGCGGCUCAACGACGAUGUGAACGAAGAGUGGAUCAACGACAAGACUAGGUUUGCUUGUGACGGCCUCAAGACCCAGAGACUCACCAUGCCUCUUGUCCGCCGCGAGGGCAAGUUCGAGCCGGCCGACUGGGAACAAGCCCUGACUGAGAUCUCCCACGCUUACGCCGCCAUUCAGCCCAAGGGCAACGAGUUCAAGGCCAUCGCCGGCCAGUUGACCGAGGUCGAGUCGCUGGUUGUCAUGAAGGACCUGGCCAACAAGCUCGGCUCCGACAAUCUGGCCCUCGAUAUGCCCUCGGGCAACGGCCCCCUCGCUCACGGCAUUGACGUCCGAUCGAACUAUCUCUUCAACUCGCAAAUUGCCGGCGUUGAGGAGGCUGACGCCAUCCUCAUCGUGGGAAGCAACCCCAGGCACGAGGCUGCGGUUCUGAACGCCCGUAUCAGGAAACAAUGGCUGCGGUCGGAUCUCGAGAUCGGUGUUGUUGGCGAGACUUGGAACUCGACCUUCGACUUCGAGCACCUCGGAACCGAUCACGCUGCCCUGAAGAAGGCUCUCGCUGGUCCCUUCGGCAAGAAGCUCCAGGCUGCCAAGCGGCCGAUGAUCAUCGUCGGCUCGGGUGUUACUGACCACGCCGAUGCCAAGGCCUUUUACGAGACCAUCGGUGCUUUCGUCGACAAGAAUGCCGCCAACUUUGUAACGGAGGAAUGGAACGGCUACAACGUUCUGCAGCGGGAUGCCUCGAGGGUCGGCGCCUUCGAGGUCGGGUUCGUCCCUCCUUCCACGGCCGUUGCCGAGACCAAGCCCAAGUUUGUCUGGCUCCUCGGCGCCGACGAGUUCAACGAGGCCGACAUUCCCAAGGACGCCUUCGUCGUGUAUCAGGGCCACCACGGCGACCGCGGCGCUCAGAUCGCCGAUGUCGUCCUCCCCGGCGCCGCCUAUACCGAGAAGGCGGGCACCUACAUCAAUACUGAGGGUCGCGUUCAGAUGACUCGUGCCGCCGUCUCGCUGCCUGGUGCCGCCCGGACGGACUGGAAGAUCAUCCGCGCCGCUAGCGAGUUCCUCGGCGCUCCCCUACCUUACGACGACGUUGCCCAGGUCCGGGACCGCAUGGUGGAGAUCAGCCCGGCUCUUGCCGCCUACGACGUGGUUGAGCCUGUCGCUUUGCAACAGCUCAGCAAGGUGCAGCUUGUAGACCAGAACAAGGGCGGUAAGCCCAGCGGCGCCCCGCUGAAGAAGGUCAUCGACAACUUCUACUUCACAGACGUCAUCUCCAGGAGCUCGCCAACAAUGGCCCGGUGCUCUGCGGCGAAGGCCACUGGCGACCCCAGGACGAACUUGAUGGCACCCGGAAUGGAGGAGGACAAGCCUAUGGGCCAGGUCGCGUACGGGGUGUAAGUGGAGACGAAAUCUUAAGCAUCUGUACCGAGUAAAGACCUAGAGCUGGAACGGAAAGAGAAAGAAAGAACCACAUGCUUCCUUUUAUUUGGGUUGUUGGUCGCAUUGUUUGUACAUAUAAUCAAGAGAAUGAUGCGAUCAGGAGUUGUUUUAGGGUAGGAGAAUAAGAGAACAAGAAGCGUGAAGGCAGAUAAUCACGUCGUUUAUUUCUUAUCCACGUCCAGUCGGCAAAUGGGUGCCGGUGUUGAAGAACAACAUAGAUAGCUUUCUCAAUGGUAAGGCGACUCGUACAUAACGACCACCUUUGUUGAACGGACGGUUGGGUGACUGGGUGAUAUUAUACUAUG